AUGACGCUCGUCAGUGACCAAGUCCGUCGCCUCGACGCAUACCUGGACCGCCUGCCCGUUCUGGCCGACUUGGCACCAGAUGACGCAGCCUCGGAUUCUGAUGAUCAAACCAUCGUUGCUGCUCAGGCUCUGACCUCACCAAGAAUUGAUCAGCUCCUGCAUCUCGUCCAGUCUCUAAGCAGUACUUCUUCAUCUCAGCCUCUUGUUCCCCUUGACUACGUUCGCUCGCUUUUGAUUCAGUCCGACAUUCUGGCGUACCAAGCCGAUGGUACAGCCAGCCUUUCGUCUGUUGAAGCUAAAAGCCACUACGAAAACGAAGUAGAGUGGCUUCUUGUCACAAAGGCCACAAUCCAGAUAUACGGGGCCAUUCUCAACACACUUCUUGACCGCAUCAUUCCUCUGGGCGAUGACAUCUGGUACUGGUCAGAGGUCCUCAAUUCUUACACGUACAGCAGCCUCUACACGGUCCAGACCUCACCUCUACGCUUUUGGGCAUGGACGCAGGAGGUAUACAUUGCCAGCAAGGCGCGCAUCAACUCAUUCGACGUGAGGGGAGCCUCGUCAGAUCUCGUACAGGCUGGAACUGGUGUGACGCAGCAAUGGCGCAAGUUUUAUGGUAUCGUCCGCGAGAGCAUCAUUGAACGAUCAUUGGUCAAUGUGCAGCGCAAGGUUCUCUCACCCGUGGCAUACUGUCGGAGUGAAGCCCGAAAGAAACGGGCAGAGCUCCAGAAGCUGAGAGAAAUCACUGCCAGCGGGCUUGGUGUUUUGAUGGACGAGGGUCUACAAUUCGAUUCCAGCGAUGGCACAGUUCAGAUGCAAGGUGCUCAUCUCAAGGGUAUCGUCGAGCGCAGUGUCGCGCUAAUCGAUAUGGUGCUGAAAGAAGUGUCUACUCUAGACAUGGGCGUUCACGAGUUUGAGGACAAGGUUUUUGCUGGUGUUGAAGAAGACGCCGAGCUUUCCGUGCACCUGGAAGACACUGCCACGCCUGGUAGGUCAUCUGUGCUCGCGCGACGGCUCUUGAACAUUAUCGACAAGGUUCUUCCUCAACAUGUGUCGACUAUGAACCAACUAGCUGUAGCCAACGGACGGCCGCAUGCUGUUGUGCGUUACUGGAUUCCUGUCAUUGUUAGUCUUGUCUCUUCGAGCACGAUACUGCGCAUUCUCGUCAAUCGCCGAGCUGAGAUUGUGGAAUGGGUGACUGAUUUUGGCGCUACGGUACGAGAUUUUUGGCUCAACUGGAUUGUUGACCCCACUCAAAAAAUUGUCAAGACCAUCCGACAUGACGAGACGAGUGAGAUUGCCAUUAUGAGCCGGGACAGCCUCAAGGCCGAUCGGGAAAGCCUGGAACGCAUGGUGGUUGAAUUCGCUCAGGACAAUCCGCAGUUUGUCGUGGAAGGCGUGGAAGGCUCAUCAAUCACCGAAGCCCAUGUUAGUGAGGUUCGCCGCAAAGUUGCCGAGGGCGAUGUGACUCCUGUGCUGCGUGCGUAUGAAAAGUAUCUAAGGAAGCCACUGGUGGGCGCCGUGACCGGAGACCUGGUGCGCUCACUGCUCAUUCAAGUGCAAAAGACCAAAGUCGACCUGGAAGUAGCCAUGACUGGCAUUGACUCACUGCUGAAGAGCCAAGAACUUGUUUUUGGGUUCGUGGGCCUGACACCGGGAGUUCUUGUUUCGAUCGGCGUCUUUCGCUACCUCCACGCGAUGCUAGGUGGUCGCUCGGGACGACAGCAGAGUGGUACAGCUGGCCGCGCCAUUCGCAUCCUGCGCAACAUUGACCGUAUCUUGUCCGAAGCGAGCCCCACAGACAGCAACAUGCUCUCGUACAAGGACCACGGGUUGUUGUUGUGCGAGUUGCAUGUGCUACGCAGCCUCACGACGACGCUCCUCCCAAGAAGCGUACAGCAGGACUUUUUGGAAGAUUUGGACGACCUGGCCAACAUCAAGGGCAUUGGUUUUCAAGCCAAGGCUCUGGCAAGAAUUCGCUGGGCCUAUGCGCGAUGGCUCAGAUAG